AUGUCUGAAUCACUACAACGACAAAAAAUAAUAUUAAACCAUUUCCCAGACGACGAAAUAGAAUUCUUUGCAACAGACGAACUUGUCACAGUAGAGCCUCUCGAGAUUAUCGAAGGGUUUGAUUUGCUUAACAAGAGAAGUUAUGGUCCAUUUCGACCGGGCAAACGCGACCAAGUACCGCUUUGGGUCGCGUUAAAGUGGUUUCAACGUCGAAAAGUCAAAAAGAUUAUUGUACCUACAUGGAUGUCACCUGAAAAUCUGGAACUUGCUCUCCUUGACGAACGAACAGAACCAGAAAAAUUCACCAGUCGAUUGCCUUUGCAUUGGCAUCAAGUGUAUAAGUUACUCCGGGAAAGUGAAGUGAAAUUACACGAUGAUGAAAAGACAGAAGAGAAAAUUAAAACCCUUGUCUCGGAAAUACUAGCUAAUCGUAAAGAGAAAAUGAAGGCUGAGGUUGUAUCAUUGAAACCGGGACAUAUGAUAUCUAAUAUCGGGCUCACAGAAAUAAAUAUCUUUCGGGAAGCAUUUGCUCAUGUGUAUAAAGUCUUUGAUGCAAGAAUUGAGUAA